ACAAAGUGCACCCAUGAACAACCACUAUGCGAUCAAUCUUGGAUAUAGAGUUCUUGGUAUUGCUUUUUGUUAUUGCGGGUAACGUGUCAGAUCCUCUCCCGGCUUGAUAUGAAAAUGAACACACAAGACUUGCUCAGUCCUGUAACUCAAAGAUCUCGACCAGUUGUCUCAUUCCCGGCAUCGCAGUCUCUCUGGGCUUCUACGACCCUGAAAACGGGAACCAUCUCCACGGGGAUCUCCCAGCUGGACGAUGCAGUCUGCACACCCUCGACUGAGGGGGAUGAUGACGGUGAUGAUGAUGACGGUGAUGACGGUGAUGACGAUGCAGACUGCCGUGGAAUUCACCAAGGCCAUGUGACUGAAGUAUAUGGACCUCCUGGAGUAGGAAAGACGUCACUCGCAUUAAACAUCGCCUCAAAUGCUCUUCAGACCGGCGCAAAAGUGGUUUGGAUUGAUACCGGAUCUCCCCUUCCACGGUUACGUCUUCGGAGCAUUCUACUGAAGUCCAUCCAGUCUUCAGAAUCAACUGAAUCGCCAGAGGAGCUUAUGAAAAAUUUGGUCUACUUCCGAGCUCAGUCUCUGCCGCAUUUACUGGCGCUUCUGCUCCAUCCCCCGACAGGCUUUCCACCAGACGACAGCAAAUUAAUGGUCAUUGACUCUGCAUCCGCACCAUUCCCUUCAUACUUCUCUAAUCCGACGGAACUCAAGGCUCGACUAGCACAGUCAAGGACGACAGACAAAUCUCAUAUUCAAUGGCUCAUGAACCGGAACUCCAAUGUCACGAGCGAUCUCGCCAAUCAAUUAACUAAACUAGCGACUGCACACAACCUGGCAGUGCUUGUUAUCAACCAGACUCGCACCAAAAUCAAAGGCCAACCGCGCGCAACUCUGUGUCCAGUACUGGCUGGGGGGGCGUGGGAAAGCAGCGUUUACACUAGAAUUGUGAUGUACCGUGACUUUCCAUCUGACGAGGAAGAUACGCCCAAAAACGUUCGGUUUGCAGAAGUGACGAAAAGAACAGGCAAGAUGCUAGCACUGAGAUUGGAAAGUAAUAUCAUUCCAUUCGUGAUUGAAAGAGACGGGUUACGUGGGUUGGACAAAUAUCAGUCCCCUCGUAUGGUUGCAUUGAAUUCAAAAGAAGACCCAAAUAAAAACGGACAGAGAAAAAGAAAAGUAGAUGAGAUUUCGGACAGUCAAGACGAGGGCGACUCAGACGCUGAAUACGGUUGGAUUGACGGCGAUGAUGCCGGUCUGCUCGAGCAAGACUAG